AAACGAUUCGCUGACGAGUGGAACAAAACCCACCCAGCGACGUUUCCUCUGUCAGGAGCUUCGGCUGUGUUUACCGGGGAGAAGCGCUGAGACUCGGCCGCAGUUUGUGAAAAGAUGGAGUCCGGAGAGACCAGCGUGUACGGAGCUUCUUUAGCCGGCGGGAGCUUCGACUUCGUGAAGUUUAUCAAGCAGCCGCAGACGAUUCUCCGAGUCCUGAGCUGGGUGUUUUCCAUUGUGGUUUUCGCCACCAUUACAGCUGAAGGCUAUGUGAAUCCCCCAAACCAUUCUCAAGUGGUGUGUGUGUUCAACAAGAAUGAUGGAGCAUGCCACUAUGGAGUGGGCAUUGGGAUCAUCGGCUUCCUCGCCUGCGUGGGCUUCCUUAUGGUUGACAUUUAUCUCCCCAUGAUGAGUAACGCCCAGGAGAGGAAGCGUGUGGUGACAGCAGACCUGGUGUUUUCAGCUGCCUGGACAUUUCUGUGGUUCGUGUGUUUUUGUGUCUUGGCUAAUCAGUGGGCAAACACAGUUGACGUCAAUGGCAUUCCCACUGACGCUGUACACGCCAUAAUUGCCUUCUCCUUCUUCUCCAUUGCCACCUGGGGUGCACUGACGUAUUUGGCCCUGAUGAGAUUUCGUCAGGGUGUUGGAGAGGUCUCCCAGAACUACGGAGAAUCCGCUCCGGAUCAAACCUCACAAUACCCCACAUCUUACGUCCCUCCUGAUCAUAAUUCUACGUACCCUGCAACUACGUACCCUGCAACUACCUACCCUGCAUCUGCUUAUCCCUCCUUUCCCCCCGGCCGUCCAGACAUCUACCAGCAGCCCCCCUUCGUAACCAAGCAGGAGCCAAUGGGGGACAGUGACUACCAGCCCCCAGCCUACUGAUACAAAGCUACAAGAAAAGGGACAUUUCAAUGGCCUGUUCACAUGACACAGAGCAAGGGAGGGGCCUGAUAGAGCAGCCAAUGAGAGCUCCUGUGCGUUGACUGGCCCUGGCACUUCUUGAUGUUGAUUGGUUGGAAUUAUUCUUUUGCAUUUGUUUGGAGAAAGACAGCCUUUCUUUCUGAAAACUGUUGAAUGUUUUUUUGUUUUCUUUUUUUUUUAUGUUUUAGCCUAGCGAUGAUGAGCACCGAUUGCACAAAUGGUGUCUAUAUAUAAUAUGAGUCAUUGUGAAACUGCUGAUGUCAGAGCAGGCUGUUACUGCUCUUAGCUCACACUGUUCCGAUGUGUUUUUGUUGACCUUAUUUCAACAGUGUGGCAGUUUAACUGAGAAAACCUCGUGAGGUUUGUGCCAUUACCCGAAGCCUUAUGGCCCAUAGAGUUAAAUCGCCUGCUUGCGUUUAACUUUGCCAACCAGUAAAAGCUGCACUGUCCAGCUGCACCCUUACAAAUUAAGGUGCUACAAAGAGUUCUUUGAGUGUUAAAAGCACCAGUAUGUGUUGUAUAAAUAAACAUGUUUGUAAAAGAUAUAUAUAUUUUAUAUAUCUUAUAUUCAUUCAAUAGUUUCACAUUCAAGUGCUCUUCUCAAUUGUAAAAUAAAGCAGUGGCCUUCACUGCUGGAAACAAAGCCAUAUUUCAUUUAUAUUUAAUUAGAAAUGCUCAUAGUUUUGGCGUUCUCGUUCCAAGCUCAAAUAUGAAUGAAUAAUGGUGUUUUUAGAGAGGAAAUCCCCAUGCUGUGGUGUUUUUAACUAAGAACAUGACAAAGAACCACUUUUGUUGCAGAUGCGGUGUGUGUGUUCACAGAAAGUUCUGCAUUUCCCCAUGAAAUGAUUUAUUCACACCAUCAAAAAUACCCUCAUCCUCACCCUCGUCCUUAAACUUUUACUCAGUAUUGUUCCACGGCUGUGUGUUUGUGUUGUUUCACAUACUGUGUCUCAGGCCUUUACUUGCCACUGUGUUAGCACACUGCCCUCAGGCUAAUUCUGCUGUGCUCUUAGCAUUACAGGUUUACGGUCCCGUUUUGCAGGACACAUUUUCACACAUGCACAGAAGGCCAGAACUUAUGUCCUGGAACGAAAAUGUCCAUAUCAGUUGUGUUGGACAUUAGCCAGAUUUUAUCCUGUCAGAGAGUGGUGUGUAUUAUUGGUCCAGAAUUUAAAAAUAUCUUCCAGGAUUUUUUGUUGAUAAUUAAGUUUGAGUUAUCAUACAAUAUGUGGAAUAAUCCUCUAUCAUUUUUGUUGGUUUUUAUUAACUAAGGUUAUAUAUUUAAUAUAUUAUAUAUGAUAUAUUAUUAUUAUUAUUAUUAUUAAAUAUAUAUUUAUAAAAAUAUAUCAACAUUAUUAAGUUUAUGGACUUUACAAUAAGCUUGUCAUUUCUAUUGUCUGAGAAUGUAUUAUUUCUAAAAAACAUAAAUUAACAGCUUUGCACAAACAGAAUUUGUGUAAAACUGGUUGACUAUUUUGUAAUCUAAAAAGUAAGGCUCCAGUGAAAGUGCAUAGAUAGUACUAUAGGUUCCGCUUAGUUCACCCUGCUGUUAAAUCAGUACUGUAAGCUAACAUGCAAAUAAAAUUAGGAAAUUCCAAAAUGCAAAGUUUAAAAAUCAAAAUUUAAUUAUAUUGACUGUCUGCUGCAUUUUUCAGACCUGUUGGAGAAAUAUUUUAACACAAAUUAAGGCCUUUUGUUAUAGAAUCUGCAGAUAACCAGUAUACAUUUCAACUUCUAUGUCUAAAUAUUCCAAAGAAUUAAAAGUGCAAUGCUUGUGCAAAAGGAAUGAUUGCAUUAUUACGCUACUAUAUUAACAGUGUAUUGAUGAUAUGAUCUUAAUAUGAGAAUAUAUUGUUUAUCACAAUUAUCUCUAGGACAGCAUAUCAUCCUAAAAGAAAAUUAUUUAAGUUGGUGACACGGCUAGGACAGAACCAUCUAGACAGUUAAAACAAAAUCCUGGAAUAGAUUUUUAUUUUCUGACCCCAGUACAGUGUUCUCAAACCUUAUUUGAGAGGCCUACUGUCCUGCAUCCUGUAGUACUUUACCUGCUUCAACACAUUCACUUUAACUUAAUCACUGGCUGCUAAUGAGCUGAUUAUUUGGAUCAGGUGUGUUGGGAGCAAAGAAAGUGCUGAAAAGUGCAGGACAGUGAGCCUAAAGGACCUGGGUGGACAUGAAUAUCUCUGACUGUACACUGCAUGUGUGAAAUUGUGACCCCACCUAAUGUCUGGACCUGAUUCUACAGAGUUCUUUUGAAUAAAAAUGACAUAAGAUAUAUCAAGUCAUUAAUUACCAGCAGGUCUGCACAGCAACAUGUUUUGGCCCAGUCUUGUCAGCUUUGUUGUUAAAUAGAUAGCUAGCUUUGUUUUAAGAUUGUUUUUAUUUAUCUGGUAUUUUAGACUAAUUUUUGCUAUUGGAAUAAAACCACUUAAAAAAACACUGUAACAAACUACUCAUAGUUUUAAUGUGCCUUUAAUUUGAGUUUCUUUUUACAUUCUAGGUAGUAUUUGAAAUUGAAUUUGGGUCUAAUAUAGAUGUUUUUACAAUCUGAUGCCUUUCUUUCUGGGAUAUGGGUGUUAUUAAAUCUACUGCUGUUUGUGUUUUUUUUUUUUAGGUUUUUUACUGUAAUGGAUUUUUAACACUGGUUUGACGUUUAACACGUGAAAUUGCACUUGUUAUGAACAUGUAUGAACUGCUUAAAAUGCCAAAUGUCCACACAAGAUGAUGUGUAUUGUAACAGGGAAGGAAAAAUAAAAACAAAUUGCUUUUGACAAAAAUGAAAA